GAGGAGGUGCGGGAACGCCUGUGCCCUGCCUCCUGCUGCAGGGGAUUUAACACGGCCAGUCCUGCCUGGAGACACCGCUCUGCCACCUCCGGCACAGCACGCAUCCCUCCAGGACACAUCCCUCCAGCUCCCAUCCCUCCAGAUCAUCCCUCCAGAUCAUCCCUCCAGCUCCCAUCCCUCUAGAUCAUCCCUCCAGAUCAUCCCUCCAGGUCAUCCCUCCAGCUCCCAGUGAGGGAGGAGCAGGCGUGGGGAAGAUGAGCUGCCACAGGUACCCCGUGGAUGUGCAGGCCGUUGGCUUCAUGCUGUGCAAAAAGCAGAAGAACUACAUGAUGUUUGUGACUUGGUCAGACCAGAACAACAUUCUCAUCUACCGGACAUUUGAAGACUUCAAGAAAUUCCACAAAGAGCUGAAGAGGAAAUUCCCCAUGGAGAGUGGCUCCCUCAGGAAUUUACCCAGGUUUAAAGGUGUGACAAUGCAGCACAGGAAGGGUGGGAAGCUGAGCAGGUGCCUGGAGAUCCUGAAACUGCUGGAAAUCUACUCCCAGGAGCUGCUGAAAAGGGACGCAAGGAUCUCCCGGGGCCAAGAAGUGACUCAGUUUUUCAAGGCACAGACCCAGGACCUCGAUCCCUCCUUCCCUGAAAACAGUGUUGUGAUCAUGCCAUCAGAAUUCAGAAGGGAAAAGAAGCAGCAGCCCAUCUCCAUCACCCUUCCCCAGGCGUCCCAGAGCUACCGCUGCAUCGAGAGCUUCGAAACCAAGGACACCAAGAACAGGACCUUCACAGUGGCUCAGAAGGAAAUUGUUGAAGUGUUAAUCAAGGACAUGACUGGGUGGUGGCUGGUGGAAAAUGCAGACAAGCAGAUUGCCUGGUUCCCAGCCUCGUACCUGGAAGAGCUUGAUGUCCACGAGGACGUGCAGAACACCUUUAGCUCAAGUGAGGAGGGCAGCCUGUACUUCGUGGUGCAGCCCUACGAGGCCCAGAAGGGGGAUGAGCUCUCCCUGCACAGCGGGGUGGUGGUGGAGGUGCUCAGGAUGUCUGACAACGGCUGGUGGCUCAUCAGGUACAACGGCAGCACGGGCUACAUGCCCUCCCUGUGCCUGCGGCCCUACAAGAAUCCUCACCACAAGCUGCAGACCAUCAUCAGCUGCGGCCUCAACGUCUCCACCCCGAACCUCUGCUCCUCCCUGCCCGGCCCCCAGCCCCGGGGGGAGGCCGUGGCACAGCCCAGGGCACAGCCUGGCUCUUCCUUCGACCUGAACAGAGAAGAUGGGAGCUCUCAGAGGAGCAGGUCCAGAUCUCUGCCCAGGGCCAGCUCCACCUCGGACCUGGAGUCAGAGAGCUCAUCCCUGAGCUCGGGGAGCAGCAGCGAGCAGGGCGCCCGGCUGGGCUGGCAGCCCGUCCUGUCCCGCUCCCUGCCCGAAGUGGAGCAGAACAGGAGCUCCCCUGCCCUGGCCACGCACAGCACCAAGUCCCCACGCCUCAGCCCCAGGGACAGGAACGACUCUGGCUUCGUGGAGUCGUCUGCAGCCGACCUGAGCUCGCCCCUCCCCGACCCCGAGCCGGCCACGAGUGUCCCCAGGGUGCCGGCGCGGCCCUCGGCACACGAGAUCCUGCAGAGGUGCAGCACCGUCACCAAACGGGCCCUGCAGGGACACAGCCCCCGGCCAGGCCUGCACACGCUGCAUUAG